AUGGAGAAAGAGUCGAACCCGGCCGUUGAGCAGUACGAGUCGGUGCUUGCCGUGUCCGCUGCUGGGAGCGCCAAAGAGGCAGAAUCAGCCGUGUCGCCGUAUUUGGACCCCGAGAAAGAGAAGAAACUUCGGCGAAAGAUCGACUGCUACGUUGUACCGCCGGUGGCCUUGUUGUAUCUCUUCUGUUUUAUCGACCGUGCAAAUAUCGGCAAUGCACGACUUGCGAACUUCGAAAAGGACCUUGGCCUCAAGGGACAAGACUACAAUAUGGUUCUAUCGAUAUUCUACAUCUCCUACGCGCUCUGCGAGAUGCCGAGUGUAUUACUUUGCAAAUACGUGGGACCUGGCUGGUUCUUACCCCUGACAACGUUGUUUUUCGGUAUCGUUACCAUUGGCACGGCCUUCUGCGAAACCAAGGGGCAAAUCAUCGCAUGUCGAUUCCUCCUUGGAAUAUUCGAGGCCGGCAUGCUUCCAGGCGUCGCCUACUAUCUCUCACGUUGGUACCGUCAUGCUGAGCUCUCAUUCCGACUAGGCAUGUACAUGCUCAUGACUCCCACUGCCGGAGCCUUCGGCGGCCUUCUCGCCUCGGCUAUCCUUAGUCUCGACCACUUCGGAUCUCUCACCGCCUGGCGCAUGAUCUUCGGAAUUGAAGGCAUCAUCACCACCGGCCUCGGUUUCAUCCUCCUCUUCCUCAUGACCGACAAUCCCUCGACGGCCCGCUGGCUCACUGCCGAGGAAAAAGAACUCGCCCUCGCCAGAGUGGUGAGCGAGCGCGUGGGCCAGGAAGAGGUCGUCGACAAGAUGAACUUCGCGAAGCUCAAGAACGGCAUUUCGAACCCCAUCACCCUGGUUACGGCCUUCAUCUUCCUUUGCGGCAACGUGGUCGUCUUGGGAAUCUCCUUCUUCUUGCCCACGAUCAUCCGCGCCAUCUACCCUGGUCGAACAACAGUCCAGCAACAGCUCCUCACUGUGCCGCCCUAUGUCGUGGGCGCGUUCUGCCUUCUGACGUUUUCGUGGAUGGCCACAAAGUACAAUACGCGUCAGAUCUUCUUGUUCAUGAGCGCUCCCACUGUCAUGGCAGGCUAUGCCAUUUUGCUCGGCAGCCAGAAUCCAAACGUGCGCUAUGCGGGCGUGUUUUUGGCCGCCAGCUGCGCAUUCCUCGGUGGCUCCUUGUCAAACGCUCAAGUUAGCGCCAACACGGUUUCCGAUACAGCGCGAAGCGUGGCGAUUGGAACCAAUGUCAUGAUGGGCUAUUUUGGCGGUCUGAUUGCUACAUGGACCUACCUUCCUUGGGAUGGCCCGAUGUACCCAAUUGGAAAUGGUCUCAACUUGGCUGUGUCGGGUUGUAUUGGUAUUGCUUCCAUAGCAGGACUCGUCUGGAUGAAGGCAGAUAACAAGAAGCGUGAUCAGAUGGCGCCGGCUGAACGGGAGGAGCUUCUGGCUGGGUUAACCCACGAGCAGAUUGCGGAUCUCGAUUGGAGACACCCCGAUUUUAGGUGGAAUCCUUAA